AAAACCCACAAUCAUUUCAAGCAGUUGCUCACACUGAUCCUGGUGUGCGUCGGAUAAAAGAAACUUUCCAACAGCCGGACAAACAGAACUAAAGUGUUAUAUCUAUCAGGUUGCUAUAAGAAUUCUUUAGGCACUAUGGAUCCAAAGCAAAUGUGGAGUUACGUGAAAUCUCCUCCAGUAAAGAAUAUACCUUGCCUUGUGAUUUCAAAACUACUCUUCAUGGCCAUUCCCAUUGCUCAGAUCGCAAUAGGUGCCAUAUAUAUGCAAGAAUGUCCACAGCAGCACUAUAUCCCAAUUUAUGUGCUGGUAUGUGGAGUGUUUGGUGUGUUUCUGGCCUUGCUGUCUUGUCUACCCUGUGCUAAAGAGACGGAGGAAGGAGGAUCUAAUGUACUGUCUCUUAUCUGCACUGUGUGGAAUGCUCUGGUUUCUACCUUCAUAUUCUGCUGGGUUAUCAGUGGCAGUGUGUGGAUUUACACUAUCUAUCCUCCCAACUACAACCAAACACUGGCUGGAGUUCCCUACUGCAAUAAGACUCUCUACCUUUUUGCAUUCUGGACCACCACACUGGGAUACAUUCUAUUGGCUCUGGUGCUAUUGAUUGGGUGUUGUUUUUGUAUCUGUACUUGUGUGUUUGGAUUGGCCAAAAACUGAGCCAGAUGGGAUCUAAUUAUGAAUGAAAAUGAGUCUUACAUUUUUGUCAACCUUUUUGACCUCAUUAAUGUCAGGGUAUUAUGAGAGUAUGUUGAAUUAAU